AUCCUGCCCAUUUUCUUUGCACUCUAGGGCACAACUGCACCUCCGAAUUCGAAUCAAGCUGCAAUGGACCUCUCAGUUUACUAUGCUUCAUCAGCCCAUCACUCUUAUUACCAGCCACCUCCACCGCCUCCGGGAACAUCGCAUCUGCCUCCGUCCACAGCGUCCCAGCCGGUUAACGUCUCGCCGCCGUACGCUGCCUACGUGCCCCCAAUCUAUCCGCCGUCAUUGCAGGAACAGGUUCGGACGCUCUUCGUCGCUGGACUGCCUGAGGACGUAAAGCCUCGAGAAAUUUACAAUCUUUUCCGAGAAUGCCCCGGUUACCAGUCAUCCAACCUCAGGCCCCCCACCUCGUCCAAUAAUCAGAUUCUUGAAAGUGGCAUCUGUGAAGGCAGGCUUCUGGUUGGUAGGAGCACAGAAAGAGUGUGCAGAGGUAGUUUCAUGGCCCCAUUUGCUUUUGCAACUUUUGUGGAUCAACAAUCAGCAGUCAUGGCAUUACAUGCACUAAAUGGGUUGGUGUUUGACCUAGAAAAAGGAUCAACAUUGUAUAUUGAUCUUGCCAAAUCCAAUUCAAGGUCAAAGCGAGCACGAGCAGAUGAAGGGAGUCAAAGUUCAGAAAAGAGACUCAAAGGGUCUUCGGCAUUUUCGAGGAGUGAUGAUCCUGGUUUUGGCAGCUUUCACACGCCUGGAAUGGCUAAUUCUGCUCACAGCACAUUUGGUUUUCCUUCCACACAAAGCUUCUGGAAUGAUGGUGGUUCUGCAAAUAAGGCUUCUACAAAGUCUAAUGGUAUUCCAUGCCCCACUCUGUUUGUGGCUAAUCUGGGUCCUACCUGCUCGGAGGAAGAACUGAUGCAAGCAUUCUCAAGAUGUCGUGGAUUUUUAAAAUUGAAGAUGCAAAGCACCUAUGGAGCUCCUGUUGCAUUUGUCGACUUCAAGGUAUGUUACAAUUUAGAUUUAUAA